GGUUGUAAACUGCUUGGGAGCACUGACAGCCAGGCAACUUCAACAGCAGCCAGGAGAGACUUCCUUGCUAACUUUGGGAAAGAAUUCAAAACUGCUGAAAAGUGCAGUUAUGGAGCAGGAGGACUCUGCUGCCAGACAUGGAGAAAUGACCAGCUGGGAUAUCAAUGACCUCAAACUUCCCCAGGAUGUAAGGCAGAUAGACUGGUUUCAAGAAUGGCCAGAUUCCUAUGUAAAGCACAUCUACAGCUCAGAGGAUAAAAAUGCUCAGAGGCACCACAGCAGCUGGGCAAUGAGGAACACCAACAACCACAACUCUCGCAUCUUAAAGAAAUCCUGCCUGGGGGUGGUGGUCUGCAGCAACGACUGUUUGACUCUGGAUGGGAGGAAGAUCUACCUAAGACCAGCCAUAUGUGACAAAGCCAGGCAAAAACAGCAGAGGAAAUGCUGUCCAAACUGCAAUGGACCCCUGAGACGCCUUUCCUGCCGAGGCCAUGGUGGUUACCCAGUCACCAACUUCUGGAGGCAUGAAGGACAAUUCAUAUUUUUUCAGUCCAAAGGAUCUCAUGACCAUCCACGUCCAGAAACAAAACUAGAAGCAGAAGCAAGAAGAUCAAUCCAAAAAGCACAGACAGCUUUUUCUCCAUCUUCUACAAGAUUAGAAAGGAUCCAUGAGAUUGAGUCUCUGACAGGUGCAGUGCCAACACCGGAGGCUUUGCCUUUGCUUCUUUCCAAGGUGGAUGCCUAUGUGCUACCUGCUCAUUCCAGGGGAUGUUUAAGCAAGAGCUCCCAGGAGCUGACACUGAGCAGCUCUGGGCAACCACCAUACCCAAGGGCAGCUGGGGAGGGUGGGGGCUAUGCAGAGGAGCUGACCUGGAGCCAAAGUCCAUCCCUCAGGAAGAUCCCAAGUGCUGAGAGUGUCUCUGCUGUUCCCUUCACAGCCCUUUCCCCCCAGCACUGCACCCACCCCAGCACCCAGCACACCCUGCCUGUGGCCAAAGGUGGCCACGAGCCCUCCAGCCCUAAUGCUGGUCCUCUGGGAGGUGGAUCCUGUGGGGAGAAAUCCCUGCUGGCUUACAGUGGCAGCUGUCUCUCUCUGCCACCCUACCCCAUGCCUCAGGGUGGUCCCUGCCCCAUGGCAAGUGGGGCACAGUCCCACCAGCAGUUCUUGGUGCCUCCAAGGGGAAGAGAAAGAGGCAGAGCUGAGGGACACAAGGAGGGUCUCAACUACUGCAGUGAUGACAUGUUUUUUAACCUGUACCCGCUACGGUGA